CUUACUUCGCAUCGCUGUCCGUCGGCUAUGGCUUCAAAUCGCAACAGAGGCUCGCAAAAGAGUGGCGCACGACGCGCAGAAAAUAACAGGAUCUACGCUCAUCCUCUGCCACUCGCCUUCUCCAAUCCGGAACCUGGCAGCACAUUCGGAUAUGUCCUUGGUCUGCUGGGCUUCUCCCUCACAAAGAUAGAGAAUCCCCAUUGCGAAGGCGUAUUCGACCCCGCGACGCGUUCCGUUUGGAUCACAAACGAAAGGGACUCCUCAAUUCUCUGGCGCAGAGGCUUCUUCGGCAAGGGCGACCUCUCGCGCAGCGAGCCUUCAUGGCUCGCGAGGCAGAUCAGUGCCCGUAAGGCUGCUGGAAAAUACAUGACCGCAGAGGAGAUUCGAGAAAAGCGUCGAGCGGAACGAAAGCAAUUCAAAAUGGAUCGUGCUGCCGCUAUCGCGAAAGCGGCUGCCGAGGCUGAGGCUGCCUUCGCGGAGGGUCGACAGGCCGCUCCCGCUGUCAUUCCUUCUGGUGCGACGUGGAAACCUCAGCAAUUGGGCGAGACAGCAGAACUACCAGAGGAAGCCCCUGACGACAAAGACGAGGACGACGAGCUAGAGCCGCUCAAAGACGUCGAGCAUCUCCAGCUAACUUUACAAGAAGCGUUCUUUCUCGUCUGGAACCUGGACUGUCUCACAGUCCUCGAUCCGCAAACGAGUGAACCAUUAAGCCUGCAGCAGAUCUGGAAAGCCUUCCAGAACGUGCAUUGUGUGCCACCCGAACUCCCGGUGUACACCAAUCGCUUCGAUAACCCGUUCCUCGUGAAUUACGCCGCAUAUCAUUAUUAUCGUUCCCUUGGCUGGGUAGUAAAGGGCGGCAUCAAGUUCUGCGUUGACCUGCUCCUGUAUAAGCGAGGCCCUGUCUUUCAUCACGCAGAGUUUGGUGUCGUAGUGAUACCAGUAUACGAAGAUUCUAGGGACCAAGAAUCUUCGCCCUUCAACCUCCCCAACGCCAACACGUUCUCCUGGUCGUGGCUCAGCACAAUCAACCGAGUCAAUUCCCAAGUUCAAAAGACCUUGAUCCUAACCUACGUAACGAUCCCCUCUUCGUCGCGCGUUUCAACCGAUCUUUUGUCAUCACCAGCGUGCCUUGCACAUUACUCCGUCAGGGACGUAGUUCUUCGCCGGUUCAUUCCCGCGCGUAUGCGGGACUAGGCUUGUAGCUUGACUUGGGACUAUUGGCCUCUCUGCAUUUGUACGUUAUCAAU